AUGAAGCCAGAAGAUAACACAUGGAGCGACCCUUGCGAGGCGGCUUAUGACGUAACCUCAAAAAGUUGGGGUUUCGCAAGCAUUCCAACACCUGAUUCUCACGGCACUUUUGCGCCCUUGGAAAAUGUUGAGUCUCAGGCUUUCACGACUCCAUCACGAGGCAGCUCGUUCUCCGUGCCAGCAUCACUCACGACAAGUCCGACGCCGCGCGUAGACCAGGAUCCAGUGGGGCUCAAGGUCAUCCACCGGCCUGUUGGAAGGCCAAUAGCUGACAUCAUAUUUGUCCAUGGGCUCGGAGGAGGAAGUCGAAAAAGCUGGUCGAAGGGUCACAACCCCGAUAACUGCUGGCCGAAGAACUUCCUCCCCUCCGAGCCAGUGGUUCGCGAUGCUCGGCUGCUUACCUUUGGAUACAAUGCAAACUUUGGAGUUGGGGAGGGCAAGACUAUGAUGUCAAUAUUGGACUUUGCCAAAGACUUGCUGUAUGAUAUGAAAUAUGCGAAAGAUGAAGUAGGAGAGAACUUGGAGGAUCUUGGGAUUGGAGAGUGCCCUAUCAUUUUCGUGGUGCAUUCAAUGGGCGGGCUGGUUGUCAAAGAGGCAUACCUUCAGGGCCAGAACGACCCGAUUUUCGAGCACAUCAUCGAACGGAUAUCAUCUAUCGUCUUCAUGUCUACACCGCAUCGAGGGACCAACCUAGCUAGUCUCUUACAUAAGGUCCUUCAAGUGUCUUUCGGCGCUAGCUCGAGACAGUUCAUUACGGAACUGGUGGCGGGCUUUUCGACCUUGGAAAAGGUGAACGAAAACUUCCGACAUGCGGCCCGAAAGUUGCAGAUCGUAUCUUUCUACGAGACUCGCCCAACGCCGGUGUCCAAAUUGAGUCAAAUGUUAGCAACCUCAAACCCAUCUUACGCGGCGAAGCUUCGAGUGCUUGAGACGGCUGGAGUGGACUUCAAGUCUGCCGAUUAUCGCACUCUGUGGCUAUGGUUGUUCAAGCAAAGCCUUCUCAGCUUGCGUCUGAACCAUCCCAUUUACUUCGUGCUGGAUGGCUUGGAUGAAGCUGACAGUCCCGGCUCCGUCAUCCGACUUUUGUCCGAGCUAUCGCUCGCUGCCGUCCCCCUUCGAGUCUUGGUUAUCAGUCGCAAGACACCCGAUAUCGCAACGGCCUUCUCGAAAAUGUCCCGCCAGGUCAGAUCCGACGCAAUAAGUCUUGAAGGCUCAACCCAAGACUUCCGUGUCUACAUCGAACAGGAGAUGGACGUGGCCGGCGACGAUAUGUAUCGCGAAGAGGUGACGGCCCAGCUUCUGGAACGAGCGGGUGGUAAUUUCCUCUGGGUUCAUUUGGCAGUGCAGAAGAUCAACGACUGCCACACAAAGCUGGAUGUCCAAAACGCAUUGGAAGACCUACCUUCCGGAAUGGAAGCACUAUGCAUGGCCCAACUUAGUGAUCCGACGAUACGAAGUCAGUUCAACCGGAAACGACCACCCGCAUUCUUGGAUUACGCCAUCAGGUUCUGGUUCAUUCAUCUAUCACGAGCAUCUGUUCACGGCUCCACCGAGGUCCUUGCCACUACCAUGAAGUUUUUGAACAGCCCGUCGAUAUUGACAUGGAUUUACUUGGCCGUCAGGAUCAACGAGAUGAGGCUUUUAGUCACGGCAUCGCGUUACUUAACCGAUAUGGUGGUUGGCCUACGAAGAUCGACUGCAGUUGAUGAAUCACUUAUCCAUCGCCAGACUGUCCGUCUUGUUGAGGGUUGGGCCACCGACCUAGUGAAGAUCGUUGGAAAAUUUGGCAGCAACCUCCGCCAAUCGCCCGAUGCUAUUGACAAGCUCAUCCCACCAUUCUGUCCCCAAGAUUCGGCUAUAUACGAACAGUUUGGAAGCAAAGAGGGUCACUCACUUCAGAUCUCCGGGUCCUUGAGCUCCGCAUGGGAUGACUGUCUCACACGUCUGUCUUUUGAGCAAGGUGCAUCAGCAUCCGCAGUGCUUGCUGCGGGAAACUGCCUCCAGGUUGCAAAAAACCCGAUGGACCGCCCUCGACCCCACUCUCUUCGCUUCAUCGAGGACGACCAGACUGUAUUAGUUGCGAAUGAAGACCGGUGCAUUCGGAGACUCUCUGUUCACAGCCCCACAGAUCCCCGAUGGACCAUACAUUCCGAAAUCACAGAACAAAGAUUUGAGGGAACUAUCCACAGUUUUCCCAACUGUUCGGCGCUCAGUCCAGAUGGGACCAUGGUCGUCUUUGGUUAUCGCGCACAUCCUGUUGCUGCAUGGGAACUCGAUCCACCAAAAAUGCUACGUCAAUGUCACAUCCCCGCGGAUGAAGCAAACAUAUCAAGCAAGAGAAAGACUGUGGGAGAGGUUUAUCAUCUAAGAUGGCAUCCUUAUAGUGGUGAAGUUCUUGGCUUGACUCAAAUCGGUCUGAUGUUCAAGUGGGAUCCCUUCGAAGAGGAGACGAGGCUGAUGGUAGGCACCGGUGCCAACAAGAUGGUUGUGUCUCGGGAUGGAUCCCUCAUAGCAACUGGCGACCCCCGAGGCACAAUCAAGAUUUUCGCCACAGCCGAUUUCUCGUUGCUAUAUCAGCUAUCUUCGCAAGACUUCGUUAAUGAUCUGGCUUUCAGUUCAGAUUCCCGGCGGCUUUACGAUAUGCGCGGGCCUUAUGGCAACGUGUGGGAACCAAACACAUUGAUUCGUCUUUCAGACAGCUCUGAAGUCCCAGAUCACAACAGUGAUGCGACUGGUGAGACGGAAAGUCUUGCCAAGAUGUCACUCCUCCCGGAGCACCAGUCAGCCCGAGUCAAUAGCCUGAACAUUCUCUCAUCGCAACCGCAAGGCGCUCUCUAUUGUUUCGGAACAGACAACGGCCUGGUAGACCUCUGUGAAAACGGCAACGGCACAAUUCUCCGGAUGGAAAGGUUGAGUAGCCGAAUGUCUGUCACCCACAUGGCAUGGAGUGAUGAUGGUCGUCGGAUCGCACUGGCUAAUCGAGCUCGAAGGCUUUGGAUCAAAACUGUUUCCCAAGGCGUCGAUGAUCGCCAAGCUUGGAAGGCUGAUUCGGAGCUCAACGUCAUCCUUGCACCUCAGAAAGGCAGGGCCACAGGUUUGUUGUUUCAAACGGCAGGCCAGAAGUUAUGCGCGCGCACGCCCUCCAUGCUCCUUUCCGUCGAUCUCGAGACCCAGCAUUGGACCGAGGCUGAACUUCCGAAAAACAUGGAGCAGUGCAAAUGGAUCAAUCACCCAACCAAACCAGAGUACCUGCUUGCCUUCGGACCCAGUAAGGUUCGAGUCUUCCAGUGGUCUACCAUGCGUCAAGUUGGGGAACAGCGUUAUUCGCAACCACAUCUUGUUGGGCCAUGCAUCUCCCCAGUCUCUCCCACAGAAGGCCAGGGUGAUGAAGAUGAACAUUACACAGUGGGAAGGCUCCUCGCGCAGGCCGGAUCAUCACGCAUUCUUCUUCAGUUGUUAAGCACCACUGUGUCGAACCGACUUAGGCACAGGUACUUCCUUUUCGAUGUAAACGAACUGCGGAUAAAAUCCCGAGAUGAAAACGGCAACAGCGGGGAAGAACUAGUAUUUUGUGACUCCUCUUCCUUCGCAUGCGUCGCUCUUCCUACACGCAUCGCAUCUCGGAUUAGGGAACCGUUGUCGCUGAUGCCGCGUCAGAAACUCAUAUUCCUCGACGUUGAGAGAUGGGUCUGCACGUGGCGGCUUCCGCAUUUCUCACCUACGUCGACCCCGUUGGAGGCUGCAGAUAUCCAGAGAUACUACUUUUUGCCAGGAGAUUGGGCGACAGCCGACGAGGCGCACCGUUGUGUGGUGAUGGCGGAUGGGACACUGCUUUGUCCAAGAAACGGAGGAGUAGCCGCUGUUCAGUGUGCAGACCUGUAG